AUGGAGGAUUCGGAGGCAUUCAAAGACAUUGCUGUUGUUGGAAUUGGGUGUCAUUUCCCAGGAGGGGAAGGACUCGACAGUUUCUGGAAGGUUCUCAUGCAGGGAAGGAACUGUGUGGUGCAGAUUCCAGAGGACAGGUUUGACAGCACAGUCUGGUACGACCUGGACGACAGCAAGGCAGGAAAAACACGAACCGCCAAAGCCGCGCUCAUCGAGGGGUUCAACCAAUUUGACCACAGGUUCUUUGGCAUCGCUGAGGCUGAGGUGGACUUCAUGGACCCCCAGCAGAAGCUCCUGCUGGAGUGCACCUACAGAGCCCUGGAGGAUGCUGGGAUACCAAUGGAGAAGGCCAGCGGAACCAGAACCGGGGUGUUCAUUGGACUGAUGAACCGGGACUAUGAGACCCUUCUAAACAACAGCCCUAGUACUAUAAGCCAUUACAACGGUACAGGGACGGCCAUGAGUAUAGCAGCCAAUAGGAUCUCCUACACCUUCAACUUCACUGGACCCUCAUUGGCUAUCGACAGCGCGUGCUCCUCCUCCCUUGUGGCUCUGCACUAUGCCAUCCAGGCCAUUAAACAAGGAGACUGUGAGAUGGCAGUCUGCGGGGGAGUCAGCUGCAUCAUUGAGCCACGAGUCUUCGUCGCUCUCAGCAAGGCCAAAAUGAUCUCCCCCGAGGGCACCAGCAAACCUUUCUCCAGCAGAGCAGACGGCUAUGGGAGAGGAGAGGGCUGUGGGAUCGUCCUUCUUAAGCCACUGAAAAAAGCUCUACAGGACUUUGACCAUAUAUGGGGCAUCAUUAGCAGAACUGCAGUCAAUCAAGAUGGCCGCUCCGUCACUCCAAUCACCAAGCCGUCCAUGGCCCAGCAGGAGGAGCUGCUCCGCAGAGUUUACUCUAUGGGGAUUGAUCCUUCACAUGUCCAAUACAUAGAAGCUCAUGGGACUGGAACUCCGGUGGGGGAUCCCACUGAAGCAGGGAGCAUCUCCAGAGCCAUUGCCAAAGCCAGACCAGGAUCAGACCCGCUCUGCAUCGGCUCUGUGAAAGGUAACAUCGGACACACUGAGUCCGCAGCUGGAGUGGCGGGACUCAUCAAGGUGCUUCUCAUGAUGCACCAUGAAACAUUGGUUCCUUCACUCUUCUACUCUGAGGAUGGGGCCAGUAUCGAUGGCAAAGCCCUGAAUCUGAAAAUUCCCACCAGAGUAGAGAAGUGGGAAAAGACUGGCCCAAUGGGAAGGGCUGCAGGUGUCAAUAACUUUGGGUUUGGAGGGACAAAUGCACACGUUAUUGUCAGGGAGUACAUGAAAAGAGAAGAUUCUAGGUCAGUCUUUCAGAGGUCGCCAAAAUUGUUUGUGCUGUCUGCAGCUUCAGAGAAGUCCAUUGCAAUGGCAAUCGCAGACAUAUCUGAAGAGCUGAGCAGAGACAAAACAGUGGAUCUGCAAACUCUGACGUAUACUUCAGCAUGUAGGAGGAGUCAUGCACGACACAAAUACAGAAGAGUGUUUGUGACAUCAUCCAUCAGUGAUUUACAGGAGCAGCUCAAAUGUUCACUGACAAAAAAUAUUGCACAAUCAAAGUCAGACACCAGGUUAGUGUUUGUGUUCUGUGGAAACGGGGUUACCUACAGAGGCAUGUGCAAGCAGCUUUUGAAAGAAGAACCUGUGUUCAGAGAAAAAGUGAAAGAGGUUGAGAACCUUUUCCAGAAGUACAAAAGCACCAGCAUUUUACAGAAGCUGGAAGAUGACUAUGACAAUGAAGAUUACUCGAAACCAGACGUGGUCCAGCCUCUUCUCUUUGCCAUCCAGGUCGCCAUUGUCAGCCUUCUAAAGCACUGGGGUGUCAGACCUGAUGCCAUUCUUGGCCAUUCUGUAGGAGAGGUGGCUGCUGCCCACUGCUCUGGUCUGUUGUCUCUUGAAGAUGCAGUGAAGGUCAUCUACUUCCGCAGUGUGUUGCAGAGCAGGGUCACAGGAGGGAAAAUGCUCGUUGUCAGCAACGUAGAAGUGUCAGAAAUCAUGAAGCUCCUCCCUGCCUACUCUGGGAAGGUCUGCUUGGCUGCCUUCAACAGCCCUCAGUCCUGCACCCUGUCAGGUGAUGCAGAUGUUGUAGAAAGUCUUCAUCAGAAGCUGAAGACCUCAUUCAAAAGCAAAAAUCUAUUUCUCCACAUUUUAGGUGUCCCUGCUGCUUACCAUAGCCAUAUGAUGGAUCCCAUCCUGACCCAAAUAGAAGACAAUAUUGGCUGUUUGCAAGAGAAUGAAAUAGAAGUACAGUUGUUUUCAACUGUGACAGGAAAGGUAUUCUCUCAGGGGGAUUUUAGCACAGGAAAAUACUGGGCCAGAAAUGUUCGGGAACCUGUAGCAUUCGAGCAAGCAGUGAAAACAGCAGCCAAAGACAUGAAGAACGUAGUCUUUGUAGAGAUAGGUCCCAGAAGGGCCCUGCAGAGGAACAUCAUGGAGACAUUGGGAAAUGAUGUCACAGUUUUCACCUCUGUGCAGCCAGAUAAAGACCGUGAGACGCUGCUGACUGUUGUGUCACAACUGUUUGAGCUGGGGGUACAAGUAAACUGGGACCAGUUUUACAAAGGGUGUGAGGCACCACCUACACCUUUCCCCAGGUAUCAUUUUGACUGUGUAAAGAAGGAGGUGUUUUUUGAAGCAGUGAGGCGAGGUAACGAAAUGACAUGUCAUUCCCAUUAUCCAUUGAUCAGACAGACGAAACGUGACAGUCAAGAAUUCAGCUGUAAUCUUUCCUCAGCGGCAUCGUACAUUCGCGAACACAAGAACAACGGCGUUGCCCUCGUCCCUGGCACACUGCAUGUUGAACUAGCUUUAGCUUCCUUUGUGUCAAGCACAAAGUCAAAGACGCCACUCAGCUCACUGCAGCUCAGUAUCACCUUUCACAGUCCAUGUAUACUUACUAAGAACUCCCCCGAAAUCGAGAUACAUCUUGAGCCAUUCGAGAACUCUGCGAAAUUCAGAAUAAAUUCUCCGUCAGUGACCUAUGCAUCAGGAACCAUUGAUUGUAAAAGGGGAACAGUUGCUCCUGAAGAGCAGAACAUCUGUCUUGACACUGUCUUCAGAAGAUGUGAAUCGGUCAUAAAGACAGAGCAGGUUUAUACAAUUCUCUCUCAGGCAGGGUUCCAGUAUGGGUCGGUUUUCAGGCAGCUGGGAGAUGUGUACUAUGGAGAGGACCUCAAGGAAGCUGUGUCAACCGUCAAAGUCCCAGAUGAAAUAGUGAGUCAGCUGCACGACUACUGCCUUCACCCUGUAGUGUUAGACUACAUCCUGCAGAUGGCAGCUGUUGUAGCUGUGAAUGGAUUCACAUCAAGGGCCGGGUUCCCCUCCGCAAUAGGCUGCAUGACGGUGUCCAGGCCCCUGCUGGAAGAAAUGGUCAUGUAUCUAAGAGCAACCAGCGAGACGUCUGAAGGCUUUGAGGUUUGUGGCUGCUUCACAGACAAAGACGGUCACGUUCUAGUCGAGCUGAAGCAGGUGAAGAUCACACUGUUGGGAGAGAGUUCUUGUGUGGCUAAAGAGUUCUUCUUUCACAACGAACUGCAUGCUACCUCUGAGGAUGCUAACCUCAGUUACAAGCCAAAAGCCUUGGUUUUUUCAGAUCACGUAGGGGUGGCUAAUUCAUUACAGCAGUAUUUGCAUGCAGGGUCCACUUUCAUCUGGUGCAAAGACCCUGGAAAACAGUCCAGCCUGCAAUUUUCAGAUUUCAUCUCUGAAUUCAAAGUGGCAGACACCGACAAGGAUUAUGAAGAGGUUUUGUUCAUAUGGGGUCUUCAAAACCUCAAUCCGUUAAACACCGAUUCUGUUCUGGAGAGCCUGGUCAGCUGCUGUGACAUUUUCCGUCAGGUUGUUCUGGCACUAAAAGCUUACAAGUACACCAACACCAUCAGGGUCUUAACGUACAGAUCAUCAGAGAGGACAGUGGACCACAUCAGUCCAGGUUUUGUGCUUUCUGGCAUGACGAGGGCAUGCGCAGCAGAGAUCCCAGGUUUCUUGUUCCAGCUAAUCGAUCUUGCUUCUGUGACCAGUGAGGACAUCCGUUUACUUGCUCAUGUCAUUUCCUCCUAUCCUAGCAGCACAUACCCAGAACUAAUGAUAAGUAACGGUCAAAUUUAUUCAACUGCAAUUGCUCGAACUCCUGUAAAAUCUGUUGAGGGUGCUGAAAGAAGAGUCUGCUCUUCAGAGUUUGACAGGUUCAUUCUUCAGACUGCUGACCCUUACAGAAUGACAGGCUUGUCUGCCAUUCUCUCCAGUGACUCUGGGGACCAGAUUCAGAAGCAAACCGUUGAAGUUCGGCUGAGUAAAAUCUGUGUUCACUCAUCAGAUUACUACCCUGUCAGUGUCUCUGAUCUGACUUUUGGUCAGACUAUGUACUGGAACGAACACACAUCUCAGAACCACAAGCUUCUGGCUCUUGAUUUCAGUGGUAUUGUUACAGCUGUGGGGAGGGGUGUGAGCAAGCUGAAAGUGGGAGAUCGUGUCGUUUCAUGCUACCCUGUAGCUGCAUCCUCCAAGAUUGUGAUUCCCGAAGCUGCCUGCUACAGCACAAAGAAGCUUCCAUUUCUCAAGGAAGUACCAUGUGUGUCCUACUUUGUGCUGUCAUGGGAAAUCUUGCACCGUACAUUACCUAAGGUACGACAACAAGGAAAGCUGGGCAUUAUCACACCUGAGCCUGACUCCAGUCUAGUGCAGGUGUUGAUGCUUACAGCAAACCAAUCAGGGUGGAAUGCCAUUGUAGGAAGCCAGUCUAGUGGACUGCUGCAGAAUGUGAAUAAGUGUGAUGCAUUUGUGCUUUUGCCUCCUUUUGAUGCAUCCUUAGUUGCUAAGGCUUGUAACGUUUCCACAGCCAGGAACAUUGUCGUAGUGUGCAGCAACCAGGUAUCACCCAGUCUGUCACAAAACAUCUUAAAAAGUGAGAAUGAAAACGCUUGCAUUCAGACCCUUCAAGUAGCCAGCGUUUUUCAAAAAGCGUAUCUCGCAAGGCACAAGAGAUGGAUCUACAGGUGGCUGAAAUCAAUGCGUUUGACUGGGAUGCCUACAGUUCUGAGGAGCACAACCUUUGAAAGAGCAGCGUCAGGAAGCAUUGACACCCUGCCCAUUGAGGAUCCAACAUCCUACUUCAGCUCAAAGACCACAUCUGUUGUUGUGCUCAGGGCUAAUAUCAAGGAUACCAUCUCCCUUCCCUUUCUGGGGAGAUCAAAGCAACUUUUCCAGAGGGACUCUGUGUACAUAGUGACAGGGGGUCUGUCUGGGCUGGGCUUCGAAACAGUGAAGUUCAUCGCUCAAAAAGGAGGGGGAAACAUCGUCAUCCUCUCCAGAAGCGCCCCUUCACCUGACAUGCAGGUGGAGAUCGAUAAUGUACGCAACCAGUGCGGGGUCUCGAUCAUUAACUUGCAGUGUGACGUCUCCCUGUCUGCACAGGUUGUGAAGGCAGUCACUCUCAUUGGACAGAGGUUUCCCUUCUGUCCAAUCAGAGGAGUGUUCCACAGUGCAGUUGUCUUGCAUGAUGGACUGCUAGAAACCCUUGACAGAUGCCGUUUUGAAAAAGUCUUCAGGCCAAAAGUUAAUGGAGCUUUGAAUCUACAUCACGCAACAAGGCACUGCAAACUAGACUACUUUGUGUGCUACUCCUCUAUUUCUUCUUUCAUUGGCAAUGCCUCUCAAGCAAACUACGCUGCUGCUAAUUCUUUCCUCGACAUGUUUUGUCAUUAUCGGAGAAGCCUUGGCCUGGCUGGACAGUCCAUUAACUGGGGGGCUUUGAACCUUGGUCUUCUGCUAAACAAGGAUCAUUUGCAGAAGUUUCUGGAAGCGAAGGGAAUGAUGGUCAUGGAGGUGCCUGAAUUUCACAAAUGCCUGGAACACUGCCUGUUGCAAAACAAUCCCCAACAGGUUGUGUGCAAGUUCAGCUUCAGAAACCUCAGGAAACACGUCUUGUCCCAAAACACCUCCCUCAAAAUGCGCCUGUCCACUUUGGUAGACAGGGAGUUGAAAAACUCAAAGGUAACAGAAACCAGGGCCCAGCCUUCAGGUUUCUCCCCUUGCACUUUGCCCGGGGAAUAUGUCAGGACUGUGAUUGGCGAAACUUGUCACGUCGACUGUUAUGAGCUGAGGGAUGAGGCUACGCUUUCUUCCCUCGGUAUAGACUCGAUGGUAGCCAUGACUCUGCAGAACCUCAUAUUCCAAGACAGUGGAGUUAGUGUUCCCCUCAUUACAUUACUGGACCCAAACAGCACAUUGUCUACAUUAGUAUCAAUCAUGAAGGAGGGAAAAGGGUGGCGAUUUCAACAAGAUGACCAAAAAUCUGCCUUGAGUCCGCUUGAAAAUAAGAAAGAUGAGUACACAGAGUUUUAG